AUGACUUCCAAUCACGAUCACAAGUACGCAACAAACGACGCCCACCUCGGCGCGACUACAGCUAGAGACGCAGAAACUCUAUCAGCUGGAUCAACUGCGAGGAACGAGUCGACAACUAGAAUGAUGGACGGGCCCAACGCUUUGGAGAAAGACUUCUCUCGGCAAGAACCUUACGGCAAUGGAUAUGGUGGACAAACGCACCUCGACGCCUCGGUCGAUUCUGGUACUGCAUUGCAUCAGAUCCGAACAGCGGGUAGUAUCUCGAUCUCUCCAGAGCUAUUUGAGAAACUAUAUCUGUCACCACCGAACAAAGUAAAAGGAGAUCUGCGGAAGACAUUCGGUAACCCGACGCCUCUUGCUCUCAUCGGCUUCCUGUUGUCCUUGCAUCCUUUGAGCAUGACCCUCAUGGGAUGGCGUGGUGCUGGUGGAAGUGGAGCAGCAAGCACCGGAUGGUACUACUUUGCGGGUGGUCUGCUCAUGAUUCUCGGUGGUCUUGGUGAAUGGAUUCUUGGCAAUACCUUCCCCUUCGUUGUCUUCUGUUCUUUCGGUGCCUUCUGGCUUGGUUUCGCUGCCACACUCCAACCCUUCUACAACUCAUAUGGCGCGUACGCCAAUGCGAACGUCGCAGGCAGCACAGGCCUAGAAUCUGUUGGCUUCAACGUCGGUCUUGCAUAUUUCCUCAUCAUGAUGGGCCUUCUAUGCCUAGUCUACCUCAUCUGCUCCAUCCGUACGAACUUGAUCUUCUUCCUUAUCUUCUUCACUCUUGUGCCCGCUUUCGGCCUUCUGGCGGGCAGCUAUCUCCAGGCUGCAAACGGUCGAGCAGCUCUUGCUGCCAAGCUUGCUGAGGCUGCUGGUGCAUUCUGCUUCGUUACCUGCCUCUGCGGUUGGUACAUCUUCUUAGCCAUUAUGCUGGCUAGUGUCGACUUCCCUUUGGAUCUUCCUCUUGUCGAUCUUUCGAGCGUAGUAAAGGGCGCCAGCGAGAAGCGCAAGGUGGACCACAUGGAGUAG